CCAAAAACCUGGAAUUACCCCCUUUUUUUGAACGCAGGAGUCAAGGUUUUCAUGUAGCCUCCGUGCUUUGACUGAGGGCUAGCCUCAACAAGAGCCCAACCAACACCAUCCAACAGGGUGCCAAUGCCAACAACUCCAUGUCAACCCAAUAACUUUGGACCUGAAGCUGUAGAUAUCUCAAGAAUACCCAUCAGGACGCAGUGGCGGAAGGAGGCCCACUUUGCUGCAAGUUUGUCAUUGUCGUCUUAGCCAUGUUCUCGAACGUAGUCAUCGUUUUCCUACGGCUAAUUCGAGAGCGGCGUCGGUUGUUGAUGAAUGCUUGGGUGCCACUCGAUUUUCUAGCACAUGAAAUCGAUGUUGAGAUCGACGAUGAGGAUUCCCCGGUAAGCACGAAAGUGCUUCGGAAAGAACUGCGCAAUGCCCACCUCCUUGGACGUCCCUUCGUUCCGUCGGAUGAUCCAAGCCUUCAGGAUAUGGCGCAGAUAACGACAACAAAGAGAAGAGUGAGCCAUCGAAAAGAGUCACUGGUUAGCACAAAGGAUGGAACCAAAAAGAAAGACUUUCUUUACGUACAACAAAAGGGGAAGAAGCCAUUCAAAUGGCCAGACACUGACGAUAAAGUGCAGGUACACUUUCAAAAGCAAUACGACUUCUUUGGACGGCGGUUGCCACUCAUUAUCUCGACAGAGGAAGCCACAGCAAACACUGACAAUGAGCAAGCUCCGAGAGCUGUAACGCCAACGGAAUGCGAGCCAAUUCAAAUGCAAAAAAACCGCGACGUGCGAGAGUUGCUUCAAGGUAUCGUCGACGACUCAGCUCUUGCACAGAUCGACGAAGCAUCCGUCGCUUUGCUUCGAAACAGAGUGAAAGAUCUUGGACAUGGCCUCCAUAAGCAAUCUGUAAAGAAUAAAUACAGUAGUGAGACCGAUAUGCAAUACAAAAAGAAGGACAUCGCAACACUAGACGAAGAUCUUUACUCAACACUUACUCAUGAGUUUAGUAUUCCACUCUCUCUUGACGCCUUUAAAGCCCUUGGGUCUGCAGUCAACAUGGUAGCUGAUGAUGUGCCAGAGGCUCGGGAGUGCUUGCUUAGCAGCAUUGGUCUCAAUUCCAAGGCAGCAGCGAAGCCAUCGAAUAGGGGACUCAUGAAGGCUAUUGUCCCAUCAAAGACUCAAGGACGACUUUAUGCAAACGCAAAGACUUGGAUGCCAACAGCCUUGAGUGCUGCCGUCCACAAGGAUUCUGCUCUUAAACAGCGAGAUGCUGUUGUGGCAUUUGCGAAGGUCCUGUCGAUCGUAGAUAAUGGAGCCUUUGGUGAAGUUUGUGCAAUGAAAUGGAAAGAGACAGCACGAAAGAUCGAUCCUUACCAUCAGAAGGCUCUUCGCGCUGAGUCUGGAAUGUCUGAUCGACAGUUUGAAAUUGUGCGCAAGUAUACAAUCCAUCACCUUGGUCGUAACUUUUGGCAACCGAUGGAGGCAGUUAAGGCUCUAGACAGCGAGUGCUUUCCCCCUUUUUCCGUCAAGUUUAGAGACAACCAUCGAAACAGAGCUUGUUGGUACAGACCAAUUGAUAAAGCGUUCAAGUGGUUGCUCAACAGAGAUCUUGCCAGCCCUCGAUCAACAAAACUGACUCGAGCCAACCUGAGCCAACUCGAAGAGUGUCACAUACUCUUGGGCGGAGAUCAUGGCCAAGGAGCAUUCCGCGUAGUUGUUACAUUGCUGUUGUUCUUCAAAGAUUGCACGUUGGCAUUUGAGGGCGACAUGCUGUGUGGCUUUAUCGAGUGCCAAAAAGACACAUAUGCCGUCCUCGAACGGACCAUUACAGAUCCUUUGAACUGCUCAUUGAAGAGAAUUGGAAACGAGUUAGCACUCUGUGAAGCUCCUGACGGGAGCAUAUAUGCUGCUUGGGGCUGCAACUCACCUACUGUCAGAGCCUAUCGUGGAGUGGUGCUUCGUACAGUUCCUGUACAGAUGUUUGUGGUCGGAGACUGUGCCUUUCUUUUGCUGGUGCAGGGUAGAGAGGCUUGCUCCACGUAUUGGUGCCCUUUCUGUGAGUGGGGAAGGGAUGCGUGGCAGACCCACAAGAUGAAAGGCUGCACUUGCAAGAAAGGAAAGCAAUGGACUCUUGAAUCGAUGAUGGAAUGUCGCCAUAUUUGGCAAAUCCAGAAAGAGCUUGGGCCGGCUCCAUCCAAAGCACAGAUAAAAGGAACAAAGGAGGACCCCCUCUUUGACAUUCCACUCGAAAACUUUCUUGUUGGACCUCUCCAUGUGCUGGACCUCUUUGUCAAUUCAGCCAAAGCUUUGCUUGAUGAGUACGUGUGGUGGAGAGUGGAGAACAUUUCUGUUGAGUUGGAGAAAGCACGAGUAGCCGAAGCGUUGACAAGGAUGGCUCUGGAAGUCGCUGUAGAGGCAGAGAAUCAAGCGAAGCAAGAUCUCGAUCAAGCAAAAGCUGCUGGCGGUCCUCAAUCAACUGCAACUGCACAAGCGACACUGCUUUUCAAUGAGGCUGAAUGCAGCACGAAGGCAGCCAAGAAAAUUGCUGAUAAGACUGCAGCCAAGGCCAGGUCAACGGAGAAACUCAAAGAGAACCGACUUCUGAAUCAGCCCGUCCGACAACAGAUGGAUGGCAUGUUGGCUGAAGAAUUUCACCUCCUCCCAUCUGCUUAUCAUGGAGGAGAUAUGGUUGGAAAUUACUGCCGCAAGCUAAUUCGAGAGGCCGACAUUGUAAUGCCAGCCGUCAGAAAUCUUCUUCUUGGAAUUCCCAGAGCUGAGAGAAAAGCCGAUGAUGAGGAGAUCGAGUCAAAGAUUGAAGUCUCUCAUCAGGUUGGCAGGGCAACUGACCUUCGAUUUCGUGCUCUUGGUGGAAAUGUGGACAGAAAGAUUGCUUGUUCGCUCCAGUUUCAAGCCAAUCUUGCGGAUCCACAGGUCAAAGCGGCCCAAGAGGAGGUCAGAGCCGCACGGGCAAGAAAUUUCAGCAAAGAGUCAAAGCGAAAGCGCACGGAGAAGGCUGAAGGGCGAAAGAAGCAGCGCACACACUGCCUCGCGGAUAUCAUCCACGCUGAUCAAAUCGAAGAAGAUUUCCCCUUCAAGAUCAACCUAGAAAUGGCUGGGCUUCGGAAGGCUGCCAGCGCUGACACUACAGAGCAGGGAAGUGCAUGGAAGUGGACGUUAACAGCUCCGGUGGCCGUUCAAGCGGCGGCAAAAAGCGCCAUUGUGGAAAGAGGAGGAGCGAAUUUCGCAAUUGUGUUGGAUUGGCUGAAUCCUCCGGAUAAGCCGGCCAAAACUAAGAAAACAACAUCGUCAAUGACACGACAAACUCAAAGGUAG